UUAAAGGGUUCGAUCCAUAUUUCCCCCUUUCAAGAGCGAAGCCUACCGCGACGAGAAUUGUAAGGUUAGGGUUUUGACAUCGGGAAGUGAUUCUUGCAACUGGUGGGUAAGGCGCGACAGAACAGAUGUGGCACGAGGCGAGGAGGUCAGAGAGGAAGGUCCACGAUCUGAUGGACGCCGCCCGACGGCGUGCCCAGCGGCGCGCUGUUUUCCUCGCCAAGAGGCGCGGCGACCCUCAACAGUCGCUUCAGGUCGUUGGAUCACGGUGCCGCGUCCACCGAGACGAAGGACUCUACCAGGCCGCUCAGGACCAACAGGGCCUGAUACCUUGGAACGGGAAGCAGGAUAUUUUGAUUGACAGGUUUGAUGGCCGUGCGCUUCUGGAUUUCAUACGGGAUUCCAGCACUCGGCCUUUUCGUGCACAGCAAAAGUCUGAAGAAGAAGAAGAACUAGAAGAGUUUGUUAAUUUUGAGCGUUACUGGGAUUUAAUUAAGCAUCGACGUAGAGGAUAUACUGAUGAAGAGGCCCUUCGCCAUGUUUCUGAAGAAUUAGAGACAAAAUCUACUCCUUCCUUCAUCUUUGAAAGGGCACACUCAUCUCAACCAACAGCAAGCAAAGGUUCUUAUUCUCAGGUAGGAUUCUCCUAUAAAGGAGAUGGCAAUGAGGAACCCCAUGCUAUUGAUACUGAUGAAGAUGAUGAAGAUGAUGAGGAUGAUGAUGAGGAUGAGAAGGAUGUUAGUAGUGAUGAAAGCAAUGAUGAAGGAAUGGAGCUGCUUGCCAAAGAUUUUGGUAUCAAGAGGUAUAAUUGGCUUGUUUAUAUGGACAAAAAAGCCAAGGAGGAAGAGAAAAGACAAAAAGAAGUAAUAAGAGGGGAUCCAUCUAUUAGGAAAUUAAGCAGGAAGGAAAGAAGGAAAGCUUCUCAAAUGGAAAGGGAAAAGGAGAGAGAAGCUGCACGAAUUCUAGGAAGAGCGCCAUAUAAUGAUCCGUAUAGGGAGUCUAGGCGAAGUCCCACAUACGAUGCUUAUCCUCACUCCAGAAGAUCAAGAUCCAAGUCUAGGUCGCAUUCACCUUCAUACUCAAGGAGACAUGACAGAGUACAUUCUGAUAAUGGUCAUCAUAGAAGCAAACCAAAGCCUCCGAAAAUUGAGUACAUUACAGAGUUUGGUGGCUCCAUUGACAUGAAUGAUCGAAAAAUUGGAGCAAUUUCUCCACCAUCAUCUCCAUUACAAGAUGAUUCUCAGAACCGGUCAUCAGGAAACCGGAUACUCGAAGCACUGCAUGUUGAUCCUGCAUCAGCUUUAUCCCUAGAAAAUGAAAAGAACACUAAAAUUUCUAGAAAUGCCAGCACCACUGGAAUUGCUAAACUUAGCAAGGCUGCUCCAGGGGGAGCCGUGAAGGCCGAGCAGAUUGAAAAGAAGGAAACUCCUCAAGAACGUCUUAAAAGAAUAAUGAACAAACAACUGAACAAACAGAUUAAGAAGGAUUCUGCCGCCGAAAUGGCCAAGAAGCGCGAGCAGGAACGACAAAGGCUGGAAAAACUUGCAGAAACAAGUAGAUUAAGCCGCUACAGACACCGUAGUCAUAGCCGAAGCCGAAGCCGAAGCCGAAGCCGAAGCCAUUCUCCAGCAAGAAAGCAUAGACGCAGCAGAAGCCGCGGACGGAGCCGAAGUAGGAGUCCAAGGAGAUACUACUCUCGGUCAAGCUCUCGAUCAAGUUCGCCGUCGCAUUCGCCGAGGUUGAGAAGUCGCUCCAGAUAUUGAGUUGGCCUUGAUAGGCUCAACACCGAGGAUAUGGCUCUGUAAUUAUGCUUUAGAAAAAAAAAACCCUAAAACUAUAGUGCGAGUACAUUAUAGAGAAUCAAAUCAACAUAAUGUGCCAAUUGAACUACCAGAACGUUAUAAUAUUUGCAUGCUUUUGCAGUAUUUUGAUGCUGGAAAUAUGUAGCUAAAGAUGAAUUUGUAUGCA